CUGAUGAUUGAGAUUCCAUGGAGGCCUCCAUAUAAAGGUGCUAGAGGACGGCCAGACAACCACAAGAACAGACAGAACAAUCCAAACAACCUUUCCCCUAAUUCUUCAAAGGAGGUCUGCCUCGUUGCUCUUCGUCAAAACGUGACACAACAAGCGCAAACAUGUUCGCAUCGAUACCCAGCCUGCGCAUCUGCCUCGUGGCACUAAGCUUGUUCUUCCUCUGGUCUCCCCUGGUCGCAGCCGUACCCCACGGCCCUGCCCCCAACAAAGAUGAUGCAGCCCACCUCGACAAGCGCUACACCAGUCCCACGGUGAUCUGGCCCGCCAACCUCACCCGCACCCCGAUGAACGUCUUCCUCCAGAUCCUCAACACCCAGCCCAACCCUGAUCCGGACCUCAUCAAGGAGUGCGUCACCCUGGACGCCACCUACGUGUCGCUCACUAUGGACAACCCGGACCUGCAUAAGAUCAUGCCGUGGGCGGGGACGCGCUAUCGGGUGGGCUACCAGGCCUUCCUGGACACCUUCACACGUGUCGGCCUCUGGUGGACUCGCGGCCCGUUCUCGAUCGACGCCAUCUUCAGCGACGGCGGGGGCAAUGUCACCGCCUGGGGCCAGUUCGAGAUCACCUCCAACAUCAUGCAGAAGACCAUCACUGCCCCCUGGUCGGCUCGGGCCGAGAUCAACGACGACAUGAAGAUCACCUACUUCCAGUACAUGGAGGAUACCUUCGGCACGGCGAGCACCUUCUGGGCCGAUGGUCAGAAGGAGUAUCGGGCGGAUCCCUAUGGGGGCAGUGUCUGGUUGUGAGAUCUUGUGGCUGGAUUAGUUUCACAUGAAUA